AGUAAAGGUGAAAAAAAAUUUUUAUAGAGGUGGAACAAUAUGGCUGUUCUGAAGUUGGUUGUCUUGAUGUCUCUGUUGGCUGUGGUGUUAUCGUUACCCACGAGCAAGUCCAAAUGGAGGUCCGUCCAAAAACGAUCUGCUCCAUCAUUAGACAAACGCUCAGUUUUUGAUAUGUUUGAUAAAUUCGACUUGAAUGGUGACUCCAAGCUUGAGUUUCACGAAAUAGCCUAUUUCUUCUUCAACAAUUUCCACUUCUCUUCCGAAGACGCACAGCGAUACGCACAGCAACAGCUCAACAACUUCGACAUAAAUAAGGAUGGCGAACUCGACAUCUGGGAAUUUACUAAGGACCCGCCUAGUAUCGACACUGCGGACAUGUAUUACUAGAGGACUGUCUUUGUGUUCUACUCAGGAAAAAAAAUUCUUGAAAACCUAACAGACAUGCAAAAAGAUCAUAUGGGUGCUUUCUAUUUAAAUAUGAAAAUUAAACAAAAAUGAGUCUUGUUUUUUUUUUUUUUUAAU